AUGAAAUCUGCUCUUCUCGGCGCCUUCGCUGCCUCCGUCCUUGCCCACGGUACCGUCACCGGCUACACCGCUGAUGGCGUUUUCAACCAGGGUUUCCUCCUCGACUACUACUACAUGGAGAAGAACGGCCAGACCCCUCCUACGCACUCUGGAUGGUAUGCCGAGAACCUCGACAACGGCUUCGUUGACGGCUCUGGCUAUGCCACAUCCGAUAUCAACUGCCACAAGAACGCAAAGACUACCGCCGAUUCCGGAACUGUCAAGGCUGGAGGCAACGUCGACUUCCAUUGGACCAACUGGCCCGAAUCCCACAUCGGUCCCGUCAUCACCUACGCCGCCAAGGUCGACGACUUCGCCAGCGCGAAGCCUGACGCCCUCAAGUGGGUCAAGAUCGAUGAGGCUGGUUACGAUACCACCAAGAAGUCCUGGGCUGCUGUUGACAUGAUUGCCAACAACAACACCUGGUCCGUCACCGUCCCAUCCAGCCUUGCUGCUGGCAACUACGUCUUCCGCCACGAAAUCAUUGCUCUCCACGGAGCUGGCGACUUGAACGGUGCUCAGAACUACCCCCAGUGCUUGAACAUCAAGGUCACUGGCUCUGGAACUGAGAACCCCGAGGGUGUCCUUGGUACCGCGCUCUACAAGAACACUGACGCUGGUAUCAAAUUCAACCCCUACACCACCAUCGAGAAGUACGAGAUCCCCGGCCCUGCUCUCUUCGGCUCUGGCUCCGGUUCUCCCGCCCCUGCUCCUUCUGCCUCUGCCGCUCCCUCCGCCUCCGCUGCUCCCUCUGCCACUCCUACCGUCACCCCUACCACCCCCACCGCUGCUCCCAGCGCUCCCGCUUCCUCCGCCCCUGCUGCUACUCCCACCGAGGUCGCCACUCCUCCCACUGGCGGCAACGGAGGCUCCGACGACACUCUCCCCGAGAACUUCACCCUCGACACCUUCAUCACCUGGCUCAAGGCCAAGGCUGGCACUCCCGCCACCAAGGCCCGCCGUCACGCCCGUGACAUCAGCUUGUAA